AUGGAUUCCUCAUUGAAAUUAGGUUUAUAUGAUCCAAUAAAUACAAAUGAGUCAGAACGACGAAAACAACAUCAACAUGUCACAAAAGCUGAAUAUUCACCUAUUGGUUCAUCGCGUAAACUUAAUUUAUUACUUCAACGUUCAUUUCGUUACUCAUAUCGACAACGAUGUUGUCGAUGUUGUCCAACAAUAUUUUGUGAACUAUUAUUUCCAUUAAUUCUUAUUGGAUUAGUAGCUUUAACACGUUAUGGAACUAAUGCACUUUUUGAAGAAAUGAAUAAAAAUUCUUAUUCUGGCCCAAGAAAUUUUGAUCAUCGUUCUCAAUGUUCACAAGAUCAAAAUUCAACAAUACCGACAAGUUUAUCAACAAAUUCAAUAAAAAACUGUUUCAAAUUUCCACCAAGUUAUAAACAACGUGGAUAUAGACUUUUCUAUUCACAAACAAAUUUUAUAUUUCAACCAAGAACAAAUGAUACAAAUGUUCUUGUUAAACAUGCUAAAACACGUUUGAAAAAUAUGAAUUGUAAAAAUACAAAAGUUCGGAAUCAAAAUAUCGAUAUUGAAAAUGAUAUUCACCUAUUACAAAAUGAUACAGAAAAUAUAGUUAUUAUUAAUUUUGGUUCAACAUCUAAUUUAAAAAAUGGGCAUAAUCUUGACUAUAACAUAAUGGUUCGUAUGCCAAGUAUUAUUCCUAAAACUGAUCCAAUUGAUCUAUCAUUUCUAUCAUUUUUACAUCCAUCAUCUAUUUCUGAUCGAUCUAGUAUAGGUGAUCGUGUUAGUUAUUAUUUUGAAGAUUCAACAUUACCUGAAUUUAGUGAUGUAAAAAUGUUUAUUGAUUCAUUACUUAUUGGUUAUCAAACGAAUAGAAAUAUUACAUUUGAACUUCAAAGAAAACCUAUAACAUGUACGCCAUAUCGUGAAGAUGUUCUUUUUGGAUCAAGAUCAGCACUCGUAACAACAGUUUUAAUGUUUAUUGAUCUUGUAUAUUUUAUUCCGUAUGUAAAAUAUUUC